AUGGGGUAUGAAAAACAGGCUUGGAAGACCAAUGGAAUGGAUGUUGUUGAUGCCACAAGAGGGGUUCCUCUCAAUACCAGGAAGGGCUGCAAGAAGAGAAAUGUAGACAUGGAAGGUGUCUCCUCUACAGUACCAAAAUCUGCUCUAAAUGUAGAUGUCUAUUCUCUAAACGUCCAUGACUCUCAAAGGCCAAGGAAUGGUGGGCAUCUUACUGCAGUGUUGCCAGCUUUGCCUCCAACUAUUUCCACUCCUUACCCGACAUCUCUUGUGCCAAAACCAAUUCAUGUUCUCUCCAGCUUUCCAGUUACUCCUGUGCUACCUCCUCUCACCUCCAAAUAUAGACCUGUUCGCUCUAUUUACCCGCGAGCCAUAUCUUCAUCCUACACCGUACGAGUCCCAGCAGGAGGAGCCCUUGGGGAAACCAUAUUUACCAUUCUAGACAGGAGGUAUCGGGCUAAAUGGUUUGAAAUCAGCUGGCCCUCCAACCCCCCGGUAAGGAUAGAAAGUGGAUCUGGACGGUUGUAUCUAAGCCAUAAAUUGCAAGGUGGACAGACUGAGAUACAAGUGAAAGUGCAUAACCUGGAGCAAGAUGGUGACUGGUAUUUGUGCCACAUAACCAUUGUUGUUCCCCGAGAGGAGAGUCUGGAGUGGACCAUGUACCCAUUCCCGUACCUGGCUUGUGCGAACCUUGAAGCACCAAAAGGCACUUUUGUGUACCAGCUGUUGGCCCAUUACUACAAUGACGAGAGCUCUGGGGGUGGCAUAUCUUACCAUCUCAUGGAAGGUGGUGACCAGCGCUUCGAGGUGGAUAAAGAUACUGGAGUUAUCAGUACAACUGGUUUAUCGGUAAUGUGGAACAUGGAAUAUGCUCUCACAGUUCAGGCCACCGAUAAACACGGAAAAAAGAGCCCAUACGCGUCUAUCUCCAUCCUGGUUGGAUUACGGCCACCGCAGUUUACCAAUAUGACUUACAGUCUGUAUGUCCCAGAAAACACAGCCGUUGGGGAGAAAACGGCAGUGGUGGAAGCGGUGUCCUUUCAAGGCAAACCUAUCACCUACACCAUCCUAAUGAAUCCCAGUGGUCUGUUCAGCAUUAACCAAGAGAGCGGGGAGCUGAGCCUGACUCGCGCUGUGGACUACGAGAGUGAACAUCGUAUUUAUGACUUGCUGGUGAAAGCUCUGGAGACAGAGAGCGCACUCAGCAGUGUCACCGAGGUCAUGAUUCACAUCACGGAUGAUAACGACUGUUCCCCUGAGUUCCAUAAGUCAAUUUACAGCCAGGACAGCAUUUUAGAAAAUAUUCCUGUGGGCACAUCCAUCUUAGAAGUUACAGCACAGGACUGUGACUCCGGGAGCAAUGCAGAGAUUUCUUUCUUCACCCAGAGCUCUGACUUCUCCAUCACAUCUCAAGGAGUCAUCCUGUCCAGCCAGAGACUAGACUACGAGAAAGCCAACCACAUGUAUGAGUUUGUAGUGAUCGCGAUAGACAAAGGAAACCCUCCUCGUACAGGAACAGCUUCUGUGCGUCUACAGAUGUUGAAUAUCAAUGAUGAAGCCCCAGUUUUCUCCCAAACUGUAUAUAACACUUUCCUGUCAGAAGAUGCCGGACCAAACACCUUGGUGGCCAUGGUUCAUGCUAAAGAUCCUGAUGGAGACAGCGUAUCAUACUUUAUUGUUGAUGGAAAUGAAGAAGGAAACUUUGAAUUGGACAGCCAGAAAGGUAUCUUAAAACUUCGUAGAACCCCACUGCCAAGGUUGCUGAAAACUCAGUUUAUAUUGAACAUUUCCGCAGUUGACGAUAACUCAUCUGGUGGACCUUCAAGUUUGAGCAGCUUCACUCAAGUCAUUGUACAGAUAAAUUAUUUCAAUAACAACAAGCCAACCUUCAAAGAGUGUUUUCAGUAUAGUCAGAAUUCAUGGAUUCUGGAGAACCAGCCUUCUGGUAUUUUUGUCCUACAAGUAGAAGCUCAUGAUGCGGAUAUUGGUGUGAAUGGAGAAGUGAAGUAUGGAUUAAUGCAUAGAGAAGGUGCCAUCCUGGCAUUUACUAUUGAUGCUCAUACAGGUGUGAUCACUAGCUCUCAGAGCUUUGACCAAGAGAAUCAAAGGGAGUAUACCUUCUCAGUAACUGCCACAGACCAGGCUCAAGAGCCCUUGAUUGGUGUUUGCCACAUUACUAUCUUUGUGGCUGAUGUCAACGAUAAUGACCCCAAAUUUGAAAACAGUCAUUACCAAUUUUUCCUUCAUGAAGAUACACCUGUUGGUACAAGUUUUCUUCGUGUUGUUGCUGUUGAUGAUGACCAGGGAGUCAAUGCUGCCAUUACAUACACAAUGUUAGCUCAGCAGCCAGACUAUUUCCAGGUCAACCCCAGCACUGGAUGGGUUUAUGUCAACUAUCCAAUAUCCCAGAUUUCUCAGAUCACUCAAAACAUUAUUGCAACAGAUGGAGGCAACCGAAGCUCUAGUGUGGAGCUUUCAGUAACCAUCAUUAAUGUUCUCAACCAGCCACCUCAAUGGGAACAGGGAAGCUACUGGAUUUCCAUUCCUGAAAAUAUUACUCGCUAUUCCAAGAUUGUGACUGUGAAAGCUACAUCUCUUCUUGACGAUCCUCAAAUAACGUAUAACAUGGUGGAAGGCCUAGUAUCAGAGACAAAUAAUCCCAUCCGCUUCUACCUGAAGCCUAACAGAGCUGAUGGCUCAGCCUCCAUACUUGUUUCUGAACCACUGGAUUUUGAAGGGACCAAGUUCUUUACCUUGAAGAUUAGAGCUCAGAACAUGGCUAAUGUUCCUUUAGCUUCUUUCACAACUGUUUACAUCAAUGUGACUGAUGUCAAUGACAAUGUCCCAUUCUUCACUGCUUCUACUUAUGAAGUGACCUUACCAGAGGGAGCAGAGAUUGGUUCAUCAAUAGUAGAAGUUAGAGCUACAGAUCAAGACACUGGACUUCAUGGAAAGGUUCAAUAUGUAAUACUGAAAGAUAUCAAUGGCGACUACCAACAUUUCACAAUUAACCCUGAGAUGGGAGUUAUAUACACAGCAACUUUGUUUGACCGCGAGGAACAAGCUUCGUAUCUCAUUGAAGUUCAAACUCAGGACUCCACAGAGUCAGCACUGCCAGGAAUGCAAGGACAUCCCAACACAGAUACAGCCUUCGUCAGAAUAUUUAUAAAUGAUGUGAAUGACAAUGCUCCAGUGUUCCCACAGCAGAAAUAUGAGACCAGUGUGGAAGAAGAUAAAGAAGUGGGUUAUGUUGUGCUGACUGUAAGCGCUACUGAUAAGGAUGAAGGUGCCAAUGCCAAACUAAGAUACCAAAUUACCAGUGGAAAUACCAAAGGGAUAUUUGAUGUUGAGCCAGAGACUGGAACCAUAUUUAUUACCCAGAGACUGAACUACGAGCAGGAUACACAGUUUGAGCUCAGUCUGGUGGCAUCCGAUGGAAAGUGGGAGAAUCAUACCUCUGUAGUUAUCAGUGUGAUCAACCUAAAUGACGAGCCUCCUAUCUUUACACAGAGUGAAUAUCAUGACAGCAUUCUGGAGGAACUGACCGAUCUCCCACUGCUUGUGCUGCAAGUUUCAGCUACUGAUCCUGAUCAAGAAGCAGAUCAAAGUGCUCUCCGAUAUACUUUACAUGGACAGGGGGCCAACAGUGAGUUUGUCAUUGACCAGUUCAGUGGAAAAAUAUACGUGCACAAGAAGCUAGACCGAGAGGAAUGCUUUACUUGGCGCUUUCUUGUUCUUGCCACGGAUGAGAAUGGCGAAGGACUGACAGGUUUCGCUGAUGUGAUUAUUGAUAUCAAAGAUGUAAAUGACAACCCACCAAUGUUUCUCUGCAUGUAUGAUGGCUGCUUCACGGACUACAUCCCAGAGAACUCCCCAGCAGAUACUACAAUCAUGGAGAUGAUAGCAUUAGACUUGGAUGAUCCAAAGUCUGAAAAUAAUUCCAUUUUGACCUACAGAAUAGUCCAAAAUGUCAAGAAUGAAAUAAACCUCAAUUUAUUUUCAAUUCAUCCAUCUACCGGCUCCAUAUAUACUGUACUUGGAUCUUUGGAUAGAGAAAAAGAGGACAAAUACCUGAUUGUGGUAGAAGCAAAGGAUGGAGGAGGACUAACCGGGACAGGCACUGCCACCAUUCUGGUAUCAGAUGUGAAUGACCAUGCACCAGUUUUUACCCAGAAGGUUUACACGGCCUUCGUUCCGGAAAGUUGUGGUAUAAACAGCGAAGUGACUGUUCUACAAGCCUGGGACAAUGAUGAAGGAGAAAAUGCAAUGAUGGUGUUCAGUAUUAUUGGAGGAGAUGAUGACCGCAAGUUUUUUAUAGAGACAGAUAAAAUCCAUAAACGGGGUAUCAUUCGUCUUAGGAAAAGAAUGGACUAUGAAAAACCCCACGAGAGAUCAUUUAAUCUGACAAUCAAAGUAGAAGACAUGGACUUCUUUAAUAUAGCCUACUGUAUUAUUCAUGUUGAAGAUUCAAAUGACCAUGCCCCUGUGUUCUACCCACAUUUUUAUGACAUUAGACCAAUGCUAGAAGAUGUUCCAGUUGGCACAACAGUGGUUCAGAUAUCAGCCAUGGAUCUAGAUUCAGGCUUGAAUGGAAUGUUUUCCUACUGCAUUUUGAACUCUUCAGAUCCCCACAGUCAGUUCUCACUUGUUGGUGAUGGUUAUAUUGUGGUCUCAAAGACAUUAGAUAGGGAAAUAUCCCCCCAUCACCGGCUGGUGGUAUUGGCCACUGACAUGGGAGAACCAUCCCUUACUGGAACUGCAACCAUCUUCUUUAGCCUUGAAGAUAUCAAUGACAAUGCUCCUGGAUUUGAAACCCAAUAUAGACCCAUGAUUUGGGAAAAUACUGAAUAUCCGCAUGUCGUGCAAAUAAACAAGACGUCAACUCUGUUAUAUGCUGCAGACAAUGACACAACAGAAAAUGGUCCUCCUUUUGCCUUCUACUUACUGACUGAUCCUCAAGGCAACAAUGACUUCACACUAACAGACUUCCACAAUGGAAGUGCCAUGAUCACUGCCCUGCGCAGCUUCGACAGAGAGUUGCAACAACUUUUUUAUUUACCAAUCUUAAUAACUGAUAGUGGAAGUCCUCCCUUGACAUCUACGAAUACCUUAACCAUCGUAAUUGGAGACCGAAACGAUCAUCCUCAUUCUUCUGGACACAUGGAUUGCACUGUCUAUGCCUACAAGGGAAUACUACCAACAAUCAUCCUUGGAAAGGUUCCAGCACCAGACCUUGAUGACUGGGAGCACAAAAUGUAUUAUAUGGAAACUAAAUCAAGGAUCUUUUCUGUCCAUGAUUCUUCUGGUUUGCUGACCAUACGAGUAGGGGCCAUUCCAGGUGUUUAUAAAGUCAGGGUAAGAGUAACAGACGGAGUUUGGCCGGACGUGGUCUCCAUUGUCAAGGUAGCACUCAUUGCCAUAACUGAAGAAGAUGCCAACAAUGCUAUUGCUAUAAGAAUAAAAGGUAUCAGUGCAGAACAGUUCAUAGCCCAAACACAAGGGAUGAUCAGUAAAUAUGAGCAGCUGAAGAAACUUUUAUCCAAAAUAAUUUCCUCUGCAGAAGAUGAUGUCCAGCUCUUCAGUGUACUGAAUGUUCCGGAUCCAACCAACUCUACAGAUGUUUGGAUUUCCAGACCCCCCUAUUACGAACCUGGGAAGCUAAAUGCCAUGGUGGCUUUACAUCGUGACAAGUUAGAAUCUGCAAUGGGCGUCCAAGUGGCUCACAUCGGAGAAGAUGAGUGCAGGAAUGCCCAAUGCAGCCACAAGACUGGCUGUGUCAUUAGAAACAUAUAUAAAAAUCUCCCAACAAUGACGAGAACUGAUGGUGUCUGCUUGGGGUCAGUGACCAUUGCAACCCGGGUCCGCUGUUCCUGUGCGUCUCGAGAACUUAUGCACCUUUCCUGCUCCUCAUAUACAACCAGUCCCUGUCUUAAUGGGGGGACCUGUGUGGACACAGAGCUCGGAUAUAGGUGUCAAUGUUCCCCUGCUUACUAUGGACCCGAAUGUCAGCAAACCAAACACUCAUUUACAGGAAAAGGUUUUGCCUGGUUCCCUCCAAUAACCCUCUGCUUUGAAAGUCAUAUAUCCCUGGAUUUCAUCACUGAAGAAACUGAUGGACUUCUUCUCUACAAUGGUCCUAUGGCAUCCAAGAACCACGGGGAGUCAGAAGAUUUCAUUGCUGUAGAGAUUCAAAAUGGAUCCCCUUGCUUGGCUGUUAAUCAUGGCUCUGGAUCUCUCCUCCUGAAGUUCAACAAGAGGCGAGAUGUGUCAGAUCGCCAGUGGCAUAACUUAAAGAUUCUGAGCAAUGGAAAGAAAGUGAAGAUGAUCCUCGAUCACUGUUCAGAAGAAUCUUUGGUGAAUGGUGCUGGUGCCUCUCAUGGAAUACAUGGAGACCGCUCAUGGUGUGAAGUUUCUGGAGAGACACCUGGAAAAAAGAGGUUCCUUAAUGUUUAUCAGCCCCUGCAACUUGGUGGAGUAAAGAUUUUUCCAGAUGGUAUUCAUCCUUCCUUACAUUUCAAAGGCUUUACUGGCUGUAUCAGGAAUCUGCAGGUUGAUAGCAAGGUCUAUGACUUGGAGCAGCCUGUGGAUUCAGAAAAUAGUGCUGCAGGCUGCUCUGCAAUAGAUGAUCAUUGCAGGGUUACUGGAUCGCCCCCUUGUGGAGGUCAUGGAUUCUGCAUAAGCGAAUGGAACUCUGCUAAGUGUGACUGUAAUCCAGGAUUUGCUGGGGAGCACUGUGACACAGCUCUGCAGGAAUGGAGUUUUGAAAGAGGAAGUUGGGUCCAUUUUGUGAUACAUCAUCCUCUCAGCCCCCACACUACUCACAUACAACUUCUGCUUCGUACACGGACCUCUUCGUCUACGAUUCUCCAUCUGGUAUCAAAAGACAGAUCUUCUUUCUUGCGGUUGGAGGUUGCAGAAGGACAUUUUGCUAUUCGCUUUAACUUUGGAGAGCGAAACCUUGUGAUCCGAUUGCCUGACGUCCGGAUAGAUCAUGGACAAUGGACACUUGUGAGCCUGGAGCGUGAUGGAAACACAUUCACCUUGAGCAUUGAAAGAGGUGGCGGAAUCCGAGAAGUGACAUCAACUGUCGGGAAAAACAAGCUGUUUGAUGUUGAUCCAUCAAAUGUUUUGCUAGGAAACAGCUUACCACAGCAAACCGAGAAUGAUUUCCAAGGAUGUCUGCGUGAUGUGCGGAUUAAUGGCCACUUGCUGCCAAUAGGUGGAGAGGGAAAUGAGCACAGUACGGUCAGUUCUGAGGGGGUGAACAAUGGGUGUCACUCGGAGGUUUGCAGGAACCAACCUUGUCAACCUCAUCUCAACUGCAUAGACUUAUGGAGAAAGUAUGAAUGCAGAUGCCCAGCAGACAAGGUUGAAGUGAUGAACAAUGUGACCGGACAGAAGCAGUGCCACCCAUCACCCUGCACAAGACGGAGCUGCCGAAACAGAGGCACUUGUGUAGUGCAAUCCCAACAUAAAUAUCUCUGUCUGUGCAAAGAUGGCUACAAGGGAAGGAGCUGUGAGAGCAGCUUGACCAGGACAGGGAGACCCAUUGGUCUGACCUCAGGAUCCAUCCUAGCCAUCAGUAUGUGUCUUCUCAUCUUCAUAGCGUUGUUGGUUUCGUAUACAGUAUGGAGUCAGUGGGGACGGUCUAAGUUUCGGAAAGGAGGAGUUUACUAUAUGCCUCCUGAGCACGAAAGCUGGGAGGGCAUGCGAAGAACUGUCUUAAAUUAUAACAAAGAUGGUGGAGAACAUGACCAGCGCUGGAAGAAAGCGGACAGACUUAGAGGGGCAAUAAACAACAAAGGCACGAAGGUCAUUAACGGCUAUGACCUCCAGAAACUAAAAAAGCCAACACAAGCAAAUGCCCAUGUGCUCUGUUCUACCUUAAGUGAACAAAGAACAGCAAAGCUUUAUCAUGAGCCAGACCAUCUCCUCAAUGCUGAUAGACCACGAAGACCCUUCCUUUCUGAAGAGACACCCAGUAGUGACAGCAGUGUCACUGACCUCCAGGAGCACGUGGCUCAUAUUGUUUGGGCGGCAGACAAUGACUGGACGUGCCACCCUCCUGAUACUCUCCAUAUGUACUGUGCAGAAGGAAAUAACUCAAGAUUUGGGAGCCUGAGUUCAUUAGAUUCUUCUAGUAUCGAUGAAGACUUGAGUUUUGGUUAUCUCAGUGAAUGGGGACCAAAGUUUGACAGACUUGGUGAUCUCUACCAUCCGUCAAAAACUCAGGUUUAGCUAGCUGUAGAC